GACUUUGUUGUUUUCUGGGGUAUGGGAUACAACAUAAAGGUUAUCGUUGUGGAGAUCCAAUAUCACAAAAACUCUGUAUCUCUCGUCAUGUUGUUUUUUGGGAACAUACAAUGUUUGCUUCUCUUUUUGAAUUCAAGGUGUCUCCUAUCUUUACUAAUCCAUCGCUUGAGUUAUUUCCUAGUGAUGCUGCAGGGUCUCCUAAUGAGCUUUCAAAUGAUCAAACAACCACUGCUCUUGUUUUAGAAGAUGUCUCUUCUACGGAUAUUGCACCUGGAACAAAUGAGAUUGAAAAUUCACCAGUUGCUUCCUCUUCCAAUCAUCCUACUCGGGCUUUGGAAAAGAUAGGUACUUGGGACUUGGUUGAUCUACUUACUGGUAAGACUCUUGUUGGAUGCAAGUGGGUAUACAAGAUCAAAACUCAUUAUGAUGGAUCUGUGGAGCGCUAUAAGGCACGCCUGGUGGCAAAGGGUUUUACACAAGAAUAUGGCAUUGACUAUGAAGAGACCUUUGCUCAUGUUGCUCGUCUUACCACAAUACGUAGUCUACUAGCUAUUGUUGCUGUACGUAAAUGGAAGUUGUUUCAGAUGGAUGUGAAGAAUGCCUUUUUUAAUGGUGAUUUGGAAAAGGAGGUUUAUAUGAAACCGCUUCCUAAAUUUACUCAUCCUCCGAAUAAUGUAUGUCGAUUGCGACGAGCCUUUUAUAUGGUUUAAAGCAGUCUCCUCGAGCUUGGUUUGCAAAAUUCAAUUCUACUUAAGUGAGUUUGGUUUCACAUUUAGUCCACAUGAUACUGCUUUAUUUGUUCAUAAAUCUGCUCAAGGAAUGGUUCUCUUACUCAUAUAUGUUGAUGAUAUGAUUAUCACUGGAGAUGAUGUUUUAAGGUUUGAUGAGCUUAAGCAGUUUCUUAGCCACCGAUUUUAGAUGAAAGACCUUGGCUCUUUGAGUUAUUUUUUAGGACUUGAAGUUACAUCCUCAGAUGAUGGCUAUCUUCUCUCCCAAUGAAAUAUGCAUCAGAUC